GGCUUUUCCGAGGGAACUGUCAAGAAAUUAGAGCGUCUAUAUUUACAUUACAUAUUUACAAGUGGCCGAUGUUGUCGUCGAGACAAUUUCGCAAGAAUCCGUUGGAUAUUUCACUUUCAACGAAUACACUUGCGUACAAGUUUAGGAAGCAAAAAUCGGACAGCCGAUAAGCAUCUCUCGUCCCGAGAGGACUCACAAUCAGUAUCGUGCACGCGUAUAUAAUAAACCUCUACUCUCUCCGCUGCCUCGUGUUCGCACGUGUUCCCUCCGUCUCUUCCUCCACUCGUUCUCUCCCACCAUAUCCACUGCUGCUGCAGCGGCAUCACAAGUGCCUCGGUUUCUUCUCUCUUCUCUCUUCUCUCUCAGUUCUGUCCGGCCGUUCUGUGCGCGCGCGCGCCAGCGUCUCGCCGUAUAUUUAUCCCGACAGCCAACAGCCGUUGUCGCGGGCCGAGCGAUUUUAAGCCACGAGCAAACUCAGUUAUGUCGCGGAGUGGACGGAAGAAUCGACGAACGAAACGACCGGUGAUCGGUACAGUUGGACGCAACGAAAAACGAAUUUGAAUUCAACGACAUAGACGCGAUAAGGAGCCACGGCGCCGGCGGGAUGAAUCUGUGAUGCUCCGGCAUUGUUUUGGAAAACAUAUCCAGAACGAAGCCGGCCAGGCAGCCGAAGCUCCUCGCGAGCUUUUAAUGUCCCGACGUCGCUUAUUUAGGAGCCGCCUGCCGCUGCACUGGAAGAGGAGAAAAAGUAGCAGACGCGCCGAGCCGAGCGACAGGAGGGACGCCCUUGGGGCGAGGCGCGAAAAAUAAAGGAGCCAGCGGGCGAAAUUCCGGAGAAGGAAGAAAUGGCCAAGAUGUUCAGCUCGCUGAGGCUGGCGACGCUGCGCUCGCACAAGAAGGCGAGGCCCGGCAGCGUCGCGACCACCGCGAGCGCCGAGUCCGCGAGGAACGAGGAGAACCCCAACAGCAGCGGCUUCUUCGGCCCGGGCUUCAGCGCCUUGGACGAGGCGACGGAGACCGGCUGCACGACGCCCACGAGCGUCACCUCCAAAGUCGCCCAGGUGCGAGUGGAGCGCGAGGGCGGCAGCCUGGGCGUGACCCUGCGCGGCGGCGUGGGCCGCGCCCUGCUGGUGACGGCCGUCAAGCCCGAGGGCCCGGCCGCGAAGGAGGGCCGAGUCCGAGCCGGGGACCGGCUGCUCGCCGUCGACGACGCCGAGCUCCGCGGACUGACGCUCGCCGAGGCCCAGAGAGCUCUGCGCCGGAGCUCCGAGGCUCCGCUGGCCUCGCUCACCAUCGAGUACGACGUGGCGAACAUGGAGGAGAUCCGGGCGGCCACCGCGGGACCGCUCCUGGUGCAGCUCGAGCGGGCCGCCUCCGGCGAGCUGGGCCUGACGGUGCGCGAGACGCCGAGCGGCGUCUACAUAGAGAGCCUGCGCCCGGCGAGCACGGCCGACCGGUGCGGCGCCCUGCAGCCCGGCGAUCGACUCCUCGCCGUCGACGAGGCGCCCGUCCAGGACGCCGUCGGAGCCGCGAGGCUGCUGCGGAGCAGCAGCGACAACUGCCGCAUCGCGAGGCUGCAGAUACUGCCGAGGCCGCCGAGCGCCUCGAGUCGCACGAUCAAGCGCCGGGCCCAGCCGCAGAAGCCGAAGAACAGCCUGUACAUCAAGGAGACGCUGACGGUCCUGCUGCGCCCGGACCACCGGGGCCUCGGCAUCGCGCUCAAACAGACCGAGGACAGGCUCGACUACGUCGUGGACCUCCUCGAGCCCGGCGGACCCGCCGAGCGGAGCGGAGUGCUCCUGCCCGGCGACCGGGUCAUCGCCGUCAACCGGAGGACCCUGCGCGAGCUGCAGCCGGCCGAGGUCGGCAUGCUCCUCGAGACGGCCCAGGUCGAGCUGGUGGUGGAGUACAACGUCGGCGGCGCCGUGGUCCCCUCGUCCGGCGUGUUCACGGUGCGGGUCGCGCGGCCCCUGGGCGGCCAGCCCGACCUCGGCCUCACCGUCAACGAGGAGCUCCAGAUCUCCGAGGUCCGACGCGGCUCGCUGGCCUACCGGACCGGCAGCCUGUCGCCGGGCGACCGACUGCUGGCCAUAGACUCGCAGAAGCUCGACCCGGGAGACCUGCGGCAGGCGGCGCAGCUGCUGCACAGACCCGGCAGCUCCGUGGUGGCGCUGACCGUGCGCAAGCCCGAUCUGGACGCGAGUGCGAGAAACUCUCGGUUCUCGGCGGGUUUUCGCAGGGAAGCCAGCGUCUCCGGCGACUCGCCGGGCCAGCCGAUGCAGUACUCGAGCAGCCUCGGCAACAGCGGAGUCGGCAGCGUUUCCGGCCUGAGGUCGGCCCGCGAGAGCCUCCCGAGCGUCGACAGCGCGGUGGACUCGUGGGGCGAGAUGGCCGACGUCAGCGGUCCCGAGAUCAUGCGACUCUGGGAGACGGCCUCCAUCGACAGCGGACAGCUGGACCUGCCCAUGCCGCCGUACCCCUAUCCAAGUCAAUCCCUUGUUCACAGCUCCCUGGCCUCCAACUCCUCGUCUCCACGGCCUGCUUGCGGCUGCAGUCCCCAGGACAACCGGAGCCCGCAGCCGGCCCAGUCGCCGCAGCCGCCGCCGCCGCCGCCGUCGGCGCACGGACUGCCGCUCCACCAGCAGCAGAUAGUCCACGUCUCGCUGCACAAAGACCCGGUCUACGAGGACUUUGGCUUCUCGGUCUCGGACGGGCUCUACGAGCGAGGCGUCUACAUCAACAGGCUGCGGCCGGGCGGACCCUGCGACGGACUUCUCAGGCCGUACGACCGGAUACUCAGGGUCAACGAGUCGAGCACCGAGGACUGCGACUGCUGCCUGGCCGUGCCGCUGAUCGCGGCCGCUGGUGCCAGAUUGGAGCUGACCGUCGCCAGGCCCCUCACGCCUGCGGAGAGCCUCGCCAAGUUAUUUUAGACGCGCUUCUUGAAGCGCGACUAUGUGGAUGCGGGCAGGCGAAUAUCAUUACACGAUUCUUGCGUACUUGCCGAUUUAUCCUAGGACUACCUAUACGCUAAGAGUCUCAAGCUAGCAGUGACGAAAUUAUUCGCCAAUUCAUCGACUACUGUACAUUUUGUCAAACCUGUAUUGAAUCGCCUCGAGUUAUCGAAUAAAUAUUUUUUAUACGCAAACGUU